GAGAGCCUCAGAAGCACUGAAACACAUUCUUUGUCGCUACCAGGCUGAGCGUUUCUCCUUCCCAGCGCCCGCCGCCAUUGACGGCGCCGAGGCCUAUGCUUAGCUCACCGGAGAUAGGGCCACCGUCGGAGAACAAGCCGAUGAUUUCACCACCACCAUUCCCUUCCGCACCACCUCCCCAAGAAACCCCCCAACCUACCACCGCAGAUCCGCUGGAGCCAGCCCAAUCUGAUCACGCCGAGUCGACUCCACCGUCGCAUCCAGGCCUCACCGCGACGUCUCCGGAAGCUUGCGAAUCUACGGUGUCGGCGCCGGCGCAUAUUGACGGAAAAAAGCGAGAGGCGGGCAGGCCGCCUUCGCUCUCCGCCUCACCUGCUCUCGAAGCCACCAAACUGGAGCAGCACGCUUCGCCUUUGCCGCCGCCAGCGGCCGAGGCUUUCCCCGAGGCAGCGACCACGGAGGCAUCGCCUUCUCCCUCGCACCAAAUCGUGGCGGCCUCGGUGGCGGAAACUCCAUCGCCGUCAACCCCAUCUAGUCCUCCAGCUUGGACCGCAGGCGCCCUGUCGGAUGGGUCACUCGCUGAUUCGGCCGCAGUGGUGUCCGAGGAAGCCGGCCGGCUACCCGCUGCGCUCGAAUCGAUGGAUGCCAACCGGCCCACUGCUCCUGCACCGCCGACGCUACCAGUGAAGAGUGAACCAGAGGGGUUGUUGCCACAACAGCAUCGGCGACCACCUUGGCCUACGGUGCUUCCAGGGUGUGAAAAUUUCGAGCACUCACAGCCGCCUUCUCCUCGCCCUCGCCAGGUUGAAGCUGCACAUGGCUUGCCAGAUGCGGCCCAGACCAAUGCAAUUGCAGUGACCUCGGAAGAGCCUGGCGCGCCGUCAGUAUGUAAGAGUGAUUCUGAGGGGUCAUUUGAAGUAGCAAUGCAUAUACCACUUUCUUCCCCAACGGAGGCUGAACCCUGUUCGCCGGACAUGGCGCCUCCCGGGUUUGAGAAAUUUAAAUUUUUAUGGCCGCCACUACCCCCUCCCAACCUGUCAGUCGAAACUGCACACUCAUUGCUAAAUUCGGCUGUGCCGGAGGGGGUGGCUAAUCCACUGCCUGUAUUGGAGACUAUGGACACAAAGGUAGUCGCUGCACGUAACCUGCCACUGCCAUCAUCGGAGAGUGGGGCAGAGGAGCCAUUGUGGCAGCCACUGCUGAGAUCACCUUCUCCCAUCACACAAGCUGAGCCCUGCUCACCAGAUAUGCCACCUCCUGGGUUUGAGAAUUUCAAGUUGUCAUGCAUGCCACUAUCCAAUGAAAACACAUAUGCCUCGUCUGAUGUGAUCGCCACCAAGGCAGUGGCAGUGACACCUGAGGAGGCGGUGUUAUCAGUGCCAACGUUGGAGGCAAUAGAUGUCGAGACAGACAGUGCGUGCAACUUGCUGCCACCAUUGGGGAGCAAGUUGGAAGGGUUAUUGAAACAGCCAUUAUUGAGAUCAACUACUCCAGUUGCAGAGUCUCCUCCUUGUUCACCGGAGAUUGCACCGCCCGGGUUUGAGAGUUUUAGAUUGUCAUGGCAACCAUUAUCCACGCCUCCGUCUGGGACUGCAUAUAUCAUGCCAGAUGCUGCUGUGAUGCCAUUGCCCGUGACAUUGGAGGAAGCAGCUGGAUCACCACCUGCACUGGAGGCAAUGGAUGUGGACAUGAAUGCCAUACAUCCACUAACGGUACCUUUAGAGAGUGGAGUGGAAGGAUCGCUGCAAGAGCCACAGCCAAGACCACCUUCUCCUAUUUCGCAAGAUGUGCCCAGUUCGCCAGAUAUGGCACCUCCAGGGUUUGAGAAUUUUAAGUCAUCACAGCUACUGCUACCAUCUCCAGUCUUCUCACAGACUGCAUUCACCUUACACGAUUCAACCACCACUAUAGCUGAAUAUGUGUCGGAGGAAGCAGCUCAGCUAUCACCUGCAUUAGAAACAAUUGAUGUGAAAAUGGAGACAUCACCGGAGAGUGGAGCAGAGGGGUCAUUACCACAACAAAUGCACUGGCGGCCAUCUCCUAAGGAGAACAGUACUGCUUGUUCACCAGAGAUGGUGCCUUCAGGGCAUGAGAACUUGCAGCCUUUGCCAUAUCCUGCUUUUCUUCCUCAGGCUCAGACCCCAGAUGUGGUUGCCACUGGGGCAGUCAUAGGGGCAUUGGACCAAAUGCAUCAUCCAGCGCCUGUACUGGGGACAAUUGAAGAGGGCACAUCACCCAUUCUGUCACCACCGUUGGAGAGCGGGUCAUUGCCACAGCUAGAGCCACAGAUGAAUUCUGUUACGGCACAUGUUGUGGACACCCCGAUGCAUGUACCUGCCACAGAUUGUGUUGCAGUUAACUCAGAGGGACCAGUUCUGCCACCGCCUGCAUUGCAGGCGAUGGUUACAAACAUGGACAGUGCAACUACAUUGCUCCCGCGAUUUGAGAAUGGAGCAGAGGGGUCAUUGCCCCAGCUAAGGCAGCAGUCAUCUUCUCCAAAUGUUCAGGCCGCACCUUGUUCAUUGGACGCGGUGGAACUUCUGCCACCACCACCACCUCCUUUCAUUAACAAAGAAGUAGGUCAAAUGGUGUGUGGAAGCUGCCGUGAACUUAUUGCUUAUCCUAGAGGUGCUGUUCAUGUACAGUGUGCUGCCUGUCGGACAAUAAACCUAGUAGUGGAAGCACAUGAAGUUGGGAAUGUACACUGUGGACGAUGUGAGAUAUUGCUGAUGUAUCCUUUUGGGGCUCCUGCUGUUAAAUGUUCUUUGUGUCUUUUUGUCACUGAAAUUGGAGAGCGGAACGUUCGUCCUCGGAUAUCAGUCGAGCAGGUUACACCUCACCAACAAGAGCUGGCUAACCAGGUCUAGGUGAAGCUAAUCAAUAUUGGUCCUGUAUACGUGGUUUACUGUAAUCCCAAGAAACUUCAAAUGCCAUCUAUAAAAACAAAAGGAAAACUUGAAAUGCUGGUGUGGAAAUUCUUGCAGUUUUUGGCAUGGGCAUUUUGCUCUCCUGGAGAUGUAAAAGUUCAAAUCCAGCCUGUAGCGUGGGGAUAAAGAGAGGGAAGACAAUACUAGUGUGCCUGAAUCCAAGCCCUAAAAAGAUACAACCUCCGUUGUACUCGUAACUUUUCUCGGGUGUAUAUAGACACAUUUUAGUGUUUGUUCACUCAUUUCAGUUCGUAUGUAGUCCGUAUUGAAAUAUCGAAAACAUCUUAUAUUUGUGACUGGAGAGAGCAUCUUGUCACUUUUAGUUGCUUCUGAACAUGUGCAGGGGUCA